CUUUCUUUUCCGUUUGAAUAAUCCCAUCAUUUAUUUGAUCUGCCCUCUUCAUUAAAGAUUAAGAUAAACCACUGUUUCAUAACUGAUAUUGCAAUUGAACCAACGCAUGCAAUGAGCGAUACCAACACAAACAACAUCAAGAGUUUUAAUAAUAAUCAUUUUGCACAAAAGUUGCAAGAUUUAGAUUUCCAUUCACCUGCCAAGAUUUUUCAGACUAAACAUGCCGUUCAUCAGUUUGAAAAUGUCACGCCUGAUGUUUCUAUACCUGGCACACCUCUACUAACCCCGAACCGUGCCCAUAAAAGCAUAUACUCUACCUUGCCAUCUCCUUCUCUGCCGCCGACCGCUGUACAUACCCCACCUUCUCUUUCUCCACAAAAUAGCGAUAAUGGCGGAGAGCAAAUUAAUAAGGAGGCGGACGAUAUGACUAAGAAACAAGAGAAGAAAGCCUCUUCAGCGUCGUCCUCCGCUUCUACAUCAUCAUCAUCAACGCACUCUUUUCCAUCUGCAAACGCAUCGUUAGGUUCCCUUGAUACGAAAGGCAUCCCUGCCAGUGUUACCUCGUUGCCCGUUCGACCUACCACACCGUCUCAAUUCGUUUUCAAAAAACCACACUAUAACAAAGAAUACCAUCAUACUCAUUUCCAUCAUUUGGAAAAGAAAGAUACCAUUUUACACGAUCUGAAGAAAUUAUUCAAGAAAUCUUCUGAUAAGAAAAAGAAUACGAAACAUCAUCAUCAACCACCACAUCGUGAUAGCGAUAAGACAAGACACUCUUCGCUUUCAUCAACCCAUACAGCAGCAAGCGAUGUCUCGUUUGCAAACGAGUUCAAUCGGGGUUUGGAAGGAAAAUAUGGAAAAUGGGGCCGAUUUGUUGGUAAAGGUGCUGGAGGUUCCGUACGCUUAAUUCGUCGUAGCACGGACGGAAAAACCUUUGCAGUCAAGCAGUUUCGCAAACGCUCUCCCACCGAACCUGAAAAAGAAUACAUCAAGAAAGUAACAGCUGAGUUUUGUAUUGGCUCCACAUUACAUCAUAUGAAUGUGAUAGAAACCUUGGACAUCAUUCAAGAAGGACGUGAAAGCUUCUUCGAGAUCAUGGAGUUUGCACCGAACGAUCUGUUCAACAUCGUCAUGAGCGGCAAAAUGGCACGUGAUGAAAUUGCGUGUUGCUGGCGACAGUUACUCAAUGGUAUCCAAUACUUGCAACAAAUGGGUCUUGCCCAUCGUGAUUUGAAACUAGAUAACCUUGUGUUGGACGAACGUGGCAUUCUCAAGAUCAUUGAUUUCGGUUGUGCCGUAGUCAAUAAAUACCCGCACGAAACGAAGGUGCACAAAAGCAAAGGUAUUUGUGGUUCAGAUCCUUACAUUGCACCUGAACAGUUUGCAGAACCCGACUAUGAUGCUCGCUUAACGGAUCUUUGGUCGUGCGGUAUCAUCUUUGUUUGCAUGUCCAUUCGUCGUUUCCCUUGGCGCAUGCCGGUUCCUGAUAAGGACCAGUCCUUUAAGAAUUUUGUUACGCCUUCGACCGGCAGUGCGGAUAAAUUAUUCAAGUUGCUGCCUCGUGAAUCGAGAUACAUUAUGGAACGUAUCUUGACGCCUAAUCCUUUGGAACGCUGCACGUUAGAAGACGUCCUCGAAGAUGAUUGGGUUAAGAGUGUUCAUAUGUGCACGCCUACUCACCCUCAAACGGACCAUCCUCAUCAUCUUACUGUUGAACCAAGUCCACAAGUCAAAGAAGCCUGUCAUAUCAUUGUCAUUGAAGAUACCGCACCGUCCGUGGUGGAAAAUGAAAAACCAAGCUCUUCUGAUUCAAAAAAGAAAAAGAAGACUCUUACGUUUAGAAAGUAAAAAAAAAAAAAAAAAAAAAAA